CUAAGAAAUGAAGAUGAAGAAAAAAUCCGGAGAAUGAUUAAACAGCAAUCAAGGAUGGAAGGGAUGUCAUUCCAUGAGUCUUUCUUAAACUCAUCAAGAACACCAAAGACCGGGUUUUCAAGGUCGAUUGAAAAUUAUCUUUCAACCGUGGACUUCUCUCCAGAAAUUUUCAUCUGUUGUGGAAUUUGUGGAGAGGAGUUCUAUGGGAAAUCUGAUUAUCAAAACCAUGCAAAGACUUGCAGCACAACGAGGUGUGAUUACAGAAUAUACAGCGACCCGUCCGCCGUACCAUACAAUGGCCUGUCGUUCCAUAAAGAUAUGCUCAUCAAUUCAAACAACAUUGAUCUCUCGGACUCCCCUUUUAAAUGCAAAGAAUGUGGACAAACUUUUGGACAUAAGAUUUACUUACACUAUCAUAAGGUUCUUCAUUUGAAUGGCCAUACAAAUAAGAAAGAGAGAGCACAUGGUCAUCCAACAUACGAAAAUGAAUGUUUAGUACAUGAGGUGAGAGAGUCUGAUGAACACUUUCAUCCAAGUAACGGCCCAGAGGUUUGCAAUGCAGAAGAGCUUAACAAGAAUCAACGCCCAUUCAGGGUUCGAUUUCGGGGACAGACGUUUUCUCUGAUAACUGAAAAUGCAAGAUACCAUGAAACAAAAGCUAACAGGAGGAAACCGAAUCCAAAUCAAAAUUCAAGUACCGCCCACGCAAUGAAAGAGUCGCAUUUAUGUGAGAAAUGUGGAGAAUUUGUUUCUAUAAAUGUUUGUAGUUGUUCCAACAAUCCUAAGCUGGCUGGAGAUCAGCAGGGGCCAAGACAUGCAUAUUUGAUUCCGAAAAAUACAGAUGAUAAAAUUAAGCCCAGAAAACGACGUCGAAAAGCAAAGAGCAAUUUUAAUGAAAGAGAGAAUAAACCAUCAUAUCUAAGUCCUAAAGAGGAGAUACAUGGUUCUUUUACACAGCAUGAUUCAGAAAAAUUUGAAACAACCCCAUUACCUUAUCAAAAGAAGGUGUCUCUAGCGAAAAGAGCCAUCUUAGGUUUUCCAUUUCCAGAGCCAAAAGAUUUCAUACAACAUGAUAUGAUCAAUCACAAUGCUCCAACAGCUAUGGAAGUAAAGGUUCCCACAACAUAUCUACAAAUUUACCUUUGCGAGUUUUGCGGGAAUGAAUUUAGAAGAAAAAUUGAUCUAGAUAGACAUUUACGUAUUCAUACAGGAGAAAGACCGUUCCAGUGUCCUACCUGUGGCCGUACGUUUAUUCAAAAAGCGCAUUUGAAUAUACAUCGCAAAAGACAUUCCCAUGUCUCACAAUCAGAAUUGACUAUUGAUAAAACCCCUCAACCAACUCCCCAGUCUACUAAUCGGGGUAAUUUCUAUGAUAAAGAUAGACGCCAUGUUUGUCAGGUUUGUCGAAAGGCAUUUUCUCAAAGAGGCCAUCUCAAUGUCCAUAUGUUAAUUCACACGGGAGCGAAACCGUUUCGAUGUGACAUUUGCAACAGAAAUUUUAAUCAAAAGCAGACUUUGAAACGACACAUGGUUACCCAUGUCAGGAAAAACAGCGCAGGAUACUAUGUUAAAAAGGAAAAUAUUGAUAUAUCAGAUGUUGCAGCUUCUAGUCAGGGUGCAUCUCUCCAGACUUCCAGUAAAGUUGUUGUUGAAUCUCUUGGAAUAAAUCUUUCCAAUGUUCUAAUGCAGAGCCAAAAGGAUUGCAAUGAAAAAGCCCAAGAACAAUGUUCAAUUUUAAAUCUUAAAACAAAGUGCCAUACAGCGGAAAACAUGGUCGAGGCGACAGUAAAGAAGCCACGAAAAGAACACAUAUGCGAGUACUGUGGAAAAGAAUUCAGACAAAAGGGACACCUUAACGUUCAUUUACUGAUCCACACUGGGGCAAGACCAUUCAAAUGUGAUGUAUGUUUGAAAGAGUUUAACCAGAAGCAAAUAUUAAAACGCCACCUGGUGACCCAUCGCCAGAAUCCUAAUAAUGAGCGACAAAAGUCAAUUCAUUUUCUCCCAAAAGCAUCGUAUGAAGAACUUAUGUGCGAGUCGUGCGGGAAGAUCUUCACCAAUAAGUAUAACUUUCAAAAACACCGACUCAUUCACUCUGGGCAGAAACCGUUUCUUUGUGGUGAAUGCGGGAAAUCGUUUCGGCAAAAGAACCAUUUGGUUGACCAUCAGCGGAUUCAUAGCGGAAAUAGGCCUUUUGUUUGCGAUGUAUGCUCAAAAACGUUCAGCCAGAAGCAAAACUUGAAAAAGCACCAACAGAGACACGAAAAGCAGGACAAUAGGCAACCUACCGAACAGAAGAUACAUUCAAACAAUGACUCUAAUCUUUCUUCCGAAACAACGAACACAAACAACGAUUCAAAUAAUACAGGUAAAACCCAAGUCCAAGCGAGAGAAAAGGUAUUCUCGUGUAACAUAUUAGAAGCCAUCGUGAAGAAGACUUUACAGACUUUUCAGUGCGAUCAUUGCGGCAAAGACUUCAAACGCAAGGAGUACCUCAAAGUGCACCUCCGUACACACACCGGGGAGAAACCUUACCACUGUAGCCAAUGCUCGGCUCGAUUCUCCCAAAGAGGUCAUUUAUGGGUCCACAUGUCAAAGCAUAAAUAAGUUGUUCUCAAGUCACAAAAUACCUUAUGCUCAGUAUAUUUUUAUUUAUUAUUAUGAUUUUGUUGUUGUGUUUAUUAAUCUUUAAAUUAUAUUACUGUUAGAAUUAAUUUUCUCUGUUAUCAGAAGGGCAUUGUUUCUUAAGUGGUAUGAAAUAAUGUGAACACGAGUCAUUUUUGCAGGGAAUCAACGUUUAACUGUUACGAACAAAACGAUGAUGUAUGGUGCAAUUUUUAACUUUUAUUAAAAGC